AUGACGAAAGAAUUUUAUCAACCUGUAAAAAAAACAGUAAUUACAAAAACACCACCAAAUAAAGUAGUACCACCUAAAAGACCUGAUGAAAGUCCUUCACCUCAAAAAAAAUUAGAAGACGGUUCAAAUGCUAAUGACCCAAAUAAAAAAGAUGCAUCUACAGAUAAAUCAAAAGCAAACUCUGAUAAAAAAAAUGAUAAUGGAGGUAGCCAACUAGGUAUUUUUUCAUGGCUAUGGAGAUACUUUCCAAAAAAAAAAACAUAA